GAACAAUAGCCAGUGAUGCAGAACUACUUCUGGCCUCAAAACAUUACAAGCCCCGCCCUCUAGCCAAUAAAAGUGGGAGACUCUGAGAAGCAUAGAGAAAGGCACAGGAGCCUGCACAACAGUGACCUGAUUUGAAAGCCUAUGAAAAAGUUUCAGCAUGACUCCUUUACCAGUGAUGUUUUUUCUCCUAACUCUGCUGUUACCAUCAAUGCACACUAAUGGAAGGGUACUGACACAGACUCAAAAUGAAUCCACCAUAUCUUCUACUCAUAAGACAAAUCAGAAGGCUGUCUUGGACAAGACUGAUCACCAAGGCAAAGAAAAUAAACAGGCCCCAGAGAAGGUACUCUGUGCCUCCAUUGAAGUUGAAGACUUGGUCACUGCUCAUCAACACAAGUUAAUCCUGUCUAAAAACAAGAUGUCCCAGAGCAACUGUUGCACUCAGAAGCAUCAAGUGGACCCAGUUAACUUGAAUCAUAUGGCCAGUAGACUUCAAGGGACCAAAGUUAGGCACCAAGAAGACAGUUCUAAACACAAAGUCACCAUUUGUUUGGAUGAAUUCUUGGAUUUAGUGCAAAAGACCUUGGCUUCCCAUUAAAUUUAACUACAAGUCUCCUGGUGUCCAACAUGCUUUGGCUUUUAGUAUUCUCUUUUUAAAAGUCCUAUUACCUCUCUUAUUAACCACCCAAACAAAGAUCAGGACUGUUAUUGAACACAAUAAACUUUCUUCUCCCUCCAAUUAAAUACUAAAAAACGACCAGAGACAGCAAAGAAAGGGUUCUGAAAUAGCAGUGGAAGGAGCACACAGAUAGAAAUUAUCAUGACGGUAGAACUAAGAGACUAGACUUCCUUUCUUUAAAUGCACAUGUUACUUCAUGGCAAGAUUCCUAGUAAAGUCAUCAUGGGCUCCUCACUCUUCCUCACUGUAGUCUGAUCAGAUGGGAAUGAAAAUGUCAUAUGCUUUGAACUAUAAAGCUUUGAAGUUAUAAAGUACUAAGUAUAUUGAUUUUUUCCCAUUGUUCACAAUCACAUUUCACUCUCCAUUACCUCUUUCUCCCAUGAACUGUAAGUCAUCUUCUCAAUAAAUCUCUCUCCU